UUAGCUCUGUUUCUAAUUCAGAUUAUUUUGUUCACAGUGAUGAACACGGGCCAGGAAAGAUGAACUCCGGUCAGACCUCCUUUUAUGUAAAUGAAAAUAUUCUCCUGAAAUUCAUCACCAACAACCAGGUAUUUAACUAAGAGCAAUGUUAAACUGCUGAAAGAGGUGAAACAGAAGCCGCCCUGAAGAAUCUCCAGAACACGCAGAAAUUGUUUGAUACAUUUAACAGACAAAUGAAGCCAAGUCCCGACAUGGAGAAACAUCAGCACUCUGUCAAGAGUUUUACUAAACAGAGUGAUCUCAAAAUACACCAGCGCAUUCACACAGGAGAGAAACCUUAUUAUUGCUCAGACUGUGGAAAGAGUUUUAAUCAUCAGAGUCAUCUCAAAAUACACCAGCGCAUUCACACAGGAGAGAAACCGUAUCACUGCUCAGACUGUGGGAAGAGGUUUACUCUACAGAGUACUCUCAAAAAACACCAGCGCAUUCACACAGGAGAGAAACCGUAUUACUGCUCAGACUGUGGAAAGAGUUUUACUCAACAGAGUCAUUUAAAAAAACACCAGCGCAUUCACACAGGAGAGAAACCGUACUCCUGCUCAGACUGUGGCACAAGUUUUAAUCAACAGAGUCAUCUCACACUGCAUCAGCGCAUUCACACAGGAGAGAAACCAUAUUACUGCUCAGACUGUGGGAAGAGUUUUAAUCGACAGGGUACUCUUCAAAGUCACCAGCGCAUUCACACAGGAGAGAAACCGUAUUACUGCUCAGACUGUGGGAUGAGUUUUACUCAACAGAGUAACCUCAAAAAACACCAGCGCAUUCACACAGGAGAGAAACCGUAUUACUGCUCAGAGUGUGGGAGGAGUUUUACUAAACAGAGUAACCUCAAAAUUCACCAGCGCAUUCACACAGGAGAGAAAAUUAUCCCAAAUUUGUCCCACGGCAAGUCAAAGUGCAAAUCGUAAAUCUUUCGGACAGAACACCUUAUCCUACACAAAUGUUUCACUUUGUCGCUUGGAAGGAUUUUACAGAUUCAGUAAAAUUAUUCUUAUCCAGCGAUUAUGUUUAUUGAAUUUAAUAUUAUGUUUUCUUGUAUGUUUGAUAUUCCAGGACAUUGUUCGUGAGACAGAGCUCAGUUUUUAGGGUAGUUAUGGUAGGAGUUCAGUUUUGAAGAAGGGAAGGUCGUUCGAGUUCGAGUGAGGGCACUGCCAGUGCUUGCACCAGAUGUUAGAUUAGCAUAAUUAGUCUUUAAAUGUAAAUCAAAUUUAAAUGUCGUAGUUGUUAGGAGUAAAGUAGGAUUCUUAGCCUGCAACUAAGCGUUUGGGAUCAAACCUUCAGCGCUUAUGAUUAGAAGG